AUGAUUGCAAAAGGUCUCAAAACCUUUUAUGCUCUCACUGGAGCUGGUGCAUAUACAGGUGGCCUCCUACCACAACACUGCGCAACAUUAUGGAGAGUGUACUGUGUCCCCCGCAUGCUCUUUGGAGCCGCGGUCAUUAACUUUACAAAGGGUAUGUUAAAGAGACUCAACCAGUCACAGCUUCAACUGUUCAAGCAGAUUCUUGGCCUACCGAAGUCUGCAGCUGAUGAAGCGGUACACCUUUUGACUGGUCUAAUACCUAUCAGUGCGCAAGUGGACGUUGUGAAGCAGUUGAUAGGACAGUUACUUGACCUCCCUCACGAACGCUUCGAAUAUCGCACCUUUCUUCAUGCCCUCUCCAAGCAAACGGUCACAAUCAGAGCCUGGCAAACUAUCCUUUUGAAGUAUAACCUACCAGAUCUUCAGUCACUUACAUUGGACCCAAUUCCUUACUGCCAAUGGAAGAAAACAGUAAAAACGGCAGUAAACAAUGUGGUCAUACAGUAUGACUCAUACUUGAAACCAUGGAGGCAAUCCAAGCAAAGAAAACGCCCUCAUUCUGGACCUCCAUCAACAUUCGGAACCCCUACCACUUGUAUCCCCGCUGUGGCAGCUCGAGAUUUCUUAGUUGCAUUACAACAGGUAUGCGUAACAGAAGCAUCAAUAAUUUUUUCUUGCGAUUUUGGGAGAGAAGUCUUGAAGAAACCCGGUCAAAAUUCCUGUGGUAUCACAUCACAAGACUGGGUGAUAUACAACGCUCUGACCACGGGGGGCCGUUAUGGUGCGGCAAGAUCUAUGGAUGAUUUAGACGGGUAUUACGUCCUAAAAAGGAUGAAUGGAGGGGGUCGCUUCACCUUACCCCCUCUACAAACCCAGUCAACCAAGGUCCAUCUCUCCUUCUUUUAUAAAUUCAUCACGCCAGGAAGAUGCGGAUUUGAAGUGACCGGUGGACAAAAAGUUACCCCUUUCAAUAUAAACAUCACCUCUGAAGUUGAUAUGUGGCUCCAAGUUCGCGGCGUCACUUUCACCUGCCGAACUGACAUUCAAAAUACUUGCCCAAAGAUUGUCUUCAAAGGUACUUGCAGUCAGAAUACCGGAGUUGUGGCCGUGGAUGAAAUCGUCGUCGAAAGUUUUGACGAUUUACAGACGGCUGUGGACUUGACUUCUUUCGCUACUUCAAGAGACAUCGAAGUAACAUUUGAAAAAGCAGCUAGGUCAAGCACGUCUGCACCCAACACUUCAACUCUUCAACUCCGACCGACCAUGAUCACGAACCUCCAAACGAUUAUGACAUCGAGUCCGAAAGCGAACACUAUUCCAUACCCAAGCGUCAUCGCACUAGCCGUGCUUCUCUUCAUGAUGACUAUCGUGAUAAUUUGCUUACUGUCGAAGAUCUUCUCGUCGAGACGGUGCUUGUUGCUGCAAUAUCCACAUCUGAAUAGGGGAGCAGAGUUUGUUCGAACACUUUCGGACCCGAUUACCCGAGUGUCAAACAAUGACACUGACAUAGUGAGGUUAGUCCAUCAAGCUGAGCAUAAUUUUCAAGAUCAAGAAAGACAUUUGUAUAUCACAAUGAGAGCAAGGACACAGCGGCGUGGUGCUCCGCAAGAGAGAAACGCCGGGGAAAGCACGGACGUCGAUGACCAGCGGACGGACGACGACAGCGACGAAGACUACGUUGAGCCUGAUGAAGAUCUGUACGUGAAUUCCUUUUGGAUUCGGCAUGUGCAGUCGGGUGAAUGUGUUGUUCCUCGGGCGUGUUGCGAAACCAGCAACUUGGAAGACCUUGCCCGACAUGGACCAAGACGCCAUUCGACUAGUGACCUGUUGAGUCAUAACGAGCCAAGAGACAAAGUAAAUGAUGAUGAGUUUUGUCCUAACCCCACGUACGCUCCAUUUGAAGAUAUGUCUUUGUAGUUCUUCGUUAUACGCAGGGCAAUCAUGGAUGCAUCUCAUUGAUCUGACAGUUUUUUUAAACUUGUUUAAAAAAAACUUAUGUCCAUCCAAACUAAAAGUUGAUUUUGAUUAUAAGAGAAAAGAAUCUAGCAAUCUUAAUGACGUCGAAAAUUUUAUCAAAAUUGGGUGUAAAUAGGGACGUCAUAGUGUUUUAAAUGUCGUUCGAUUUUCACAAAAUUAUAUAAUUAUGUAAUGCUGCAGUCGGUUUCCAAUAAGUGGACCGAUGAAACCACCCACUCAAGAUUUCUUUUAUAUCUUACUAUUAUGAAAUGUAAAAUAUUACCUUUUUCUCCUUGUAAAAAAUGUGAUCCAAAGUUGAUUGAUCCCUGAACAUGAGACAAUGCCAUUGUGGUAAACUAUUGUGACGAAGAGUCUGUUUACUGUAACGUGCAAAAACUGAAAUAAUGAGUGAGUACCAUUAUUAAUUCUUUCCUAUAUUUUGUGAAAAAACCGAUAUUUGAUUAUGUUAUAACACACGUAUUCAACAUUAUGAUGUUGAUGAAAAUUUUAGCGUUAUGUUUGUUUGAUUUUUGUCUUUUUACUCAAAUCAGCUAUUUGCUGGAUGUGCUUGCCCUUACUUAAAUGACAAUGGUAUGAUAAUGAUCAUAAAUUAUGACAUCAGUAUUGUAUAUUUUCAUGAAAUAGAUCUAUGCGCUUUAGAUAAAUAUAUAAAAUAUAAUGACGAACAAUAGUAAUCUCAUAAUAAUAAUAGUAAAUUUGACAAUGAUGAUAACAUCGAUAAAAAUGUAUUUUUUACAUUUAGACAAACAAUGAAGUCUGAUAUAAAAAGAAUACAAUUUGCAUAUAACCUAUUGUGUUAAAUACAUAUUGAUAUUUAUUACAUGUUUGUUUACGAAUUUCUAGCUGAGCAAUACUUUUGUUUUCACUCUAAACAAGAAUAUCCUUUUGUGGACAGAAAAAAAAAAUCUUUGGCCGGGAGUGUUUUUUUUUCUUACAAAAAUAGCAAAAAGUUCCGGAACGAAUAGUCCCAAUAAAUGAAUGCCGUAUAAAGGAUGACUUUUGGGUGUAUAUUCGAUUAUAAGAGGUGAAAUAUUUUGUGUUUUAUAAAGGCCUAUAUGUAUGCAAAUCAAAACCUGAAAAAAGUGGAAGGAUUCAUCAUAUUGUGCCAACAAGAAUAUCUGGAAUUGAAUCGGGGAAGAAAACUUUAGAAAAUGAUUUAAAAGGUGAGUUUUCCGAUCGAGUAAAAUAAUUUAUUUCGAAUUAUGUGAAUGUCGUCACUGAUGGUAUGGCGUAAAUAAAUACGACACUUGGCUCUGCCAAUCCUGUCAUAAAUUUCAUUUCAUUUAGCUGCAAUUAUUUUGAAAGCAACAGAUGCAAAGUUUUUGAAUGCCUGCUUCCAUUUCAAGUGUUUUCUACGGAAAGAUCUAAACUCACGAAGGCGUCACUUUCUUUAAAGAUCACACGCGCUCCUUAAAGGGAAAGUUCACCCUGACAAAAAGUUUAUUGUAAAAAUAGCAGAAAAAAAUAAUAAAAAAUAUUGCCGAAGGUUUGAGAAAAAUUCAUCAAAUAAUUAAAAAGUUAUUAGAAUUUCAAUUAUUUGAUUUGUGACGUCAUAUGCGAGCAGCAUUCCUACAUAGCGAAUGGUAAAAAGUCAAUGAAAUGUCAUUUUCUCAGAAAAUUGAAAAUGGUUUUCUCUGUACCUUUUGUAUAUCAAUAUAGACAAAUCAUUUCACACCCAAUCAUGAAUAGAAAACAAAAUUAAGUCAUCAGGAACCAUACAAAAUUUGAAAUUCAUGCAUUUUAUAUUACAUAACACAUGGGGCAGCUGCUCGUUUAUGACGUCACAAAUCCAAAACUUUGAACUCUAAUAACUUUCUUACUCUUUAACGGAUUUUCCUCAAACCUUCACCAAUAUUUUUUAUUAUUUUUUCUGCGAUAUUUAGAACAAAGUUUUCUUCAGGGUGAACUUCCCGUUUAAUGUUUGCAAAAGGAAUGAUGAAUUUCCAUAAAUCUUAAUUUACCAAAACUGAGGUUGAUCGGUUUAAUCACAACUCUUUGUAUAAGACGCGUCUCGGUUGUACUUUGUUGUAAAAAAAUUGUGAAGUAUAAGAAAUAAAUUAACAUUCACAUUUAACUUCAUUAAAAGAAAAUUAUUAGUCAAUUAAUACUGUAGAAUUAAAGAUUGUAGAGAAAUCCCAACUAAAUUGAACUAUUAAUUAUCAUGAAACUUCUUGGUACUUUCUGUCAAGUUUCGUGUCCCCUUGAAGCUGUAAUUUUGGAUAUAUCAACCACAAUGACUUGAUGUAGUUCUAAGUUUGACUAAUGAAUAGAACGGACCAAAAGGGAGAGGCUAUGAAAAACAAAAACAACAUCAUUAAUUGCAAUAAUGAUGAAUACCAAUGUAUUUCAAUUUUAUACAUGAUAAAUUAAGAAGAAAAAAAGGAUGUGCGGUUUUAAAAUAAGCUGCAACCUGGUAUCUGAGUGCUUAUGCUUCAUUAAGGGAAACAUAAUUUGAUAAAUAGAUAAAGACGUACUACAAAUGAAACUCAAAUGUAAUUGAUACCCAAUCAUCAAGAUACUCACUGGAAUCUUUCGAUUGAUUUGAAAUUUGCAGGGAACCACUACAAAGCCUACAUUUGAAGUUUUCUUACUAAUUUUUAAAGUGCCAUUGCGUUAUGAAAUUGCUGAUUUUACUGUAUCGUGUAUUAUAAGCAUAUCUGGUUUGUGUCUGUUCU